AUGGAUGAUGGAGCCAAAAUCCAACUUACCAUCGAUAUCAAUGAAGAGGAUGGUUCGGCGGUGUUUGAUUUCGAAGGUACCGCAGACGAAACUUUCAACUGUUUCAAUGCCCCUCGAGCAGUUACUUAUGCCUGUAUCACCUACUGCUUAAGAUGCCAUAUUACCGAAGGUGACUUGCCCAUGAACGAAGGAGUGCUAGCUCCAAUAGAGGUACGCAUUCCCGAAGGCACAGUAUUGAACCCCAGUGUCACCGCUGCUGUUUCUGGAGGAAAUGGUAUUACUUCUCAAAAAAUUACCGACACAAUUUUAAAAGCUUUUGGUACUGUUGCUGCAUCUUAUGGGUGUAUGAAUUGCUUGUGUUUUGGCCAAGGAGGUCUUGAUAAAAAAACAGGAGAAAUGGUUGCUGGGUUUGGGUUCUGUGAGACAAUCGGCGGAGGUUCAGGUGCUGGAAAUGGGUUCAAUGGUUUCAGUGGAACCCAAUGCCAUAUGACGAAUACGCUUAUGACAGACCCUGAAGUUCUUGAGCUGCGGUAUCCUGUUCUUUUGAAGCAAUUUUCAAUUCGAAAAAAUAGUGGGGGUGCUGGAAAAUGGCAUGGAGGUGAUGGUUUGGUCAGAGAAUUGGAAUUCACUUCGCCGUGCCAUGCUUCAAUAUUAACCCAGAGAAGAGUAGUUCCACCAUAUGGAAUGGCAGGAGGAGGCGAAGGUGCUAGAGGAGAGAACAAGUUGGGACGAGUUGACGGGAAUGGGAAAAUUCACUGGAAACAUGUGGGUCCUACGGCAGAAAUAGAGUUGAAUGUGGGAGACAUUAUCAAGAUUUUGACACCCGGCGGAGGCGGAUAUGGACGUGCUGGCGAGCAUAGCGAGCCAGGAAGCGAACAAAACGGAGGAAAUUUGAGAGUGGGAAGUUUGAGAGCAGGAGGCAGUUUGGGACUCAUGAGAGAAGCCAUGAACAGUUCGCAGUAA